AUGGCUUUUUUUAACAACACCACGGCUCAGAACGCCAGCCAGCCGGCCGCUGCACAACUGGGCUGGACACCGUUACUGCUGGCAUCCACAACCAUCUCCUGUGCGUCCUUCACCUGCAACGCCAUCAUGCUGCUUCUCCAGUUCCUACCGCAGACACUGGUCACAUCUUUCACCAUCUACCUCAUCGCCAUCUCCAUCGGGAAUAUUUUAUGGCUGGUCGGCGUGCGGCCGCUCGCUGUUUACAGCUCGAUUACGGGCGUAUGGCCUGGAGGUCACGGCGUGUGUGCAACGUACACGUAUUUCCAGUUCGUUAUCAGUCAAAUACCCGUACUCAUCCAUGUCCUCAUCUCUCUCAACCGUCUCUGGGCAGUCAGCUAUCCCGCAUCGUACCGGCAGUUCCAUCAUAAAAAGAUGGCAGUUCUACUUUGUCUAGCAACUGUGGCAUACGUCCACGUCGUGCAUUUUACCAUGUUUUUACUUGAGUUCUUUCACUACAGUCCAGCUGUUAAACCGAGUGGUUGCCAGCCGGGUGCCGGAGGGAUACUCAACUGGCGACGGGUCGACAUCAUCAUCCAUCGCAUCAUUCCUCUUUUUCUGGUUUUGGGUAUCUAUAUCUAUAUAAUCUUUAAACGCUGGAUGAAGAAACACGAGCAACAGGCUGUAAAUCCAGCGUCCAGCCAAAAUGCUACAGCUAGUACCAAAGCUGCGGGAGAAGCCGGUGGUGUAGAAAGGUUAGCAGGGAUCAUGCAAGCAGGACGACGUCGUUCGCUAAUCAAGCGGCGUCAAGUGAAGCCCUUCAUUAUCCUGACUGCUACGUCAAUAACGGUUUUCAUUUGCUGGGUCCCGUCGGAUGUUUACUGGGCACUGACUUAUCUGAACUUUCGACUGCCCUAUUGGGUAUUUAAUAUAACAUCGACGUUGUACUCUCUGCAAAUGUUUUUUGACCCCAUAAUGUGGCUGAUCAGUCUACGAUAA